UUCCCUCUCCCCUGGUGUCCCCUGCCCGCCACAUCACCACUAACGCAUGGUUUCACGGAUGCAAUCAAUCCUCUCUCUCUAUCAUAACCCCUUCUUUCAGCUAAAUAAAACGCCUCCUCUUAAUCACCUACUCUACUCUAAUCUCUCUCUCACAGAGCGUAACCAAAUCCCCUCCUCUCUCUCUCUCUCUCUCUCUCCUAAAUCUGCUUCCUCUCUGCAACCAAUCUCUGCGCCCAUGGAGAACAACUACUCGUACAACUCCUACCCUGAGUCCGGCGACUCCUCGCCGCGCUCUCGCGAGAUCGAUUUCGAGAAUCCGCCGCCGUGGGAGGAUUCGCAGGGGAAUCAGCCACCGCCUAAUUAUAAGGUCAAGUUUAUGUGCAGCUACGGCGGGAAGAUCCACCCGCGCCCGCACGAUAACCAGCUCUCCUACAUCGGCGGCGAGACCAAGAUCCUCUCCGUCGAUCGCAACAUCAAAUUCGCCUCUCUGCUCUCCAAGCUCAUCGCACUCUCUGAUAACCACACUAUCUCCUUCAAGUACCAGCUCCCCGGCGAAGAUCUCGACGCUCUAAUUUCGGUCACCAACGAUGACGAUCUGGAGCACAUGAUGCACGAGUACGAGCGCUUGUACCGGAUUUCGCCUAAACCGACGAGGUUGAGGAUUUUCAUUUUCACCACGCUGAAUCAGAGCCUCAAUUCCUCCACUAGGAGCUUCGGCUCCGAUGAGGUCAAGUCGGAAAAGGAGAGGUUCGUAGAGGCGUUGAAUUCUGCUCCGAUUAUCACCGCGCCGCUGCAUACGGCGUCGGUCGCGGCUCCACUACAGCCGCCGGCUGGUAACAUCGAUUUCAUGUUUGGAUUGGAGAAAGCGGCGGCGCAACCGACGGUUCUGCCGCCGAUGAUGGGGAGAGUUCCGGAUGUGGAGGAGCCGGUGUUCCUUCCAGGACAGGAUGAGCGGUCAAUGGCGAUGGAUCCGAUCCAGAAGCAUAUUCAGGAUCUGCAGCGACUGAGGCUUGAGGAGCAGCAAGGGAUCUACAGAAGAAAAAGCGAGGAUAGUCUACCCGGAGGUUAUCCCGCCGGCGAGUAUUACAAGGUGCCGGAGAAAGCUCCUCCGCCGGUUAUGCCUAGCGGCGUCACUCACUGGCCUGACAACAGGCAAAUCCCCGGUGGAAUGUUCCCGACGAGCACAGAGCAGCCGGUUUACAUGGUCCAAACGCCGGCGGGUGCGUACCACGCGCCGUUGAUGCGACCAGUGACUGGAGCUCCGGCGCAGGGGUACUACGCCGUUCAGCGGAUGGCGUCAGACCAGCAACAACAACAACUGCAGCAAAUUCAACAACAUCAGCAGCAAAUUCAACAACAGCAGCAGCAGCAGCAGAUGUACAAUGUGAUUCCACACCCACAGCAGCAGCAGAAGGCGGCGGGAUAUUCGGAGGGUUUCGGGAUGGUGAGGGCGGGGACAGGUGGCGGGGUAGGAAUGGUGACGGAAGCAGGGUACGCGCAGGUGGCGUACGAUGUGGGGGCGGGGAGGCAGGUGAUGUACACGACGGCACAAGGGGGCAUGGUGGGGGCGCCGCCGCAGUAUCAAGCCGUGGUGAGCGCCGCCGACAUGCGGACAGCUGGAGGAUUGAAUCCGGAAGCCGGUGGAAAGGGUGUCCCCAAAGUUACGCAAACUCAGGCUUCUAUGUGAUUUGGGGGUCAACAAUUAUACUCUUUUUUAAAUAGUCAUUAAACCUUAGUUUCAUUGGAUAAUAAUUUGAGUGUUGUAUGGAUACACUAUAUAUAUGUAUGUUUCUCUUUCCA